UUGCACUGAUGUAGAUAUGAAGUACUGCUGUCGUCACUGUAGUGUUAUAUUUUGAUAGAUCAAUGCUCUUACGAACAGUAUUCCUCUGACGCUGCAGCAGGACAAAGAACAAGAAACAAUGUACAAAAUGCCCAGAAGAGAGAGUAAAAUACAUCCAAUGAAGGUGGAAAACCUCCAGUUAGGAAAAAUAGGAUUGAGCCCCCUGAUGUCACAAAUAAACAAGCGCUGCUCUUUCUCCUCCUGGAUCAAAGACAACAUCAAGAAAAAAGAGUGCUGUUUCUAUGUAGAAGAUGGCAGAGAGGGAAUCUGUAUGUGUGGCUAUCCAAAGACCCAUCACAAUGAUGAUGCCAUCAAGCCAGAGGAGUACAUGGGGCAGCAGUAUUACAAACACAGGCACAUGAGGGAGGUUCCUACUGAUGCAUUUGGAGACAUUAGCUUUGGAGGAAUCGGACAGAAAACAGGCAAGUAUGUCCGUGUAUCUUCUGAUACGCCUGUCGAGAAGCUGUACCAACUGAUGACUGAGCAUUGGAAGCUCCAGCCCCCUAACUUGUUAAUAUCAGUGACAGGAGGAGCCAAAAACUUCUACAUUAAGUCUGACCUGAAAAACAAGUUCCGUAGAGGACUAAUUAAAGUGGCCCAAACCACAGGUGCAUGGAUCCUGACUGGGGGAACACACACAGGUGUGAUGAAACAUGUUGGGAGAGCAGUACGCGACUAUAAUCUGAGCAGUAAUGCUGUAGGGGGCCAGAUUGUGGCUAUCGGAGUGGCCACAUGGGGGGUCAUCCACAACCGCCAGGCUCUGGUUCACCCAGAUGGUCGCUUUCCUGCUCAUUACUAUCUGGAUGAACAUGGUCAGGGCCACUUAUCCUGCCUGGAUGUUAAUCACUCUCACUUCCUGCUGGUGGAUGAUGGAACAUCUGGCAAAUAUGGGGCUGAGAUUGAACUUCGUGGGCGACUGGAGAAACUGAUCUCAGCCCAGCCUCUAGAAAACCCAGAGAGUGAACUGAAGAUUCCAGUCGUGUGUGUGGUACUAGAUGGUGGACCUGGAACCCUAAAUACAAUCUACAACUCCAUGAUGAACAGCACUCCGUGUGUUGUUCUGGAAGGUUCUGGGCGCCUGGCUGAUGUCAUCGCCAACGUGGCUGGCCUACCUUUGUCCAAGGUCACAAUAGCACUCAUCCAACGACUGUUGAAGAAGUUUUUUGCAGAAGAAUAUGAGACCUUUUCUGAACUGGACAUCACUGAGUGGACCAAAAAGAUUCAAGACAUUGUCCAGAUCCCGCAGCUGUUGACGGUGUUCCGCAUCGACGAGGAGAAAAACAAUGAUGUGGAUGUUGCCAUUCUCCAAGCUUUUCUAAAAGCCCCCCGGUGCAGUGACAAUGUGAACAGAGAGAGACAGCUGCAGCUGGCUGUGGCAUGGAACCGUGUGGACAUUGCAGAGAGUGAGAUCUUCACUGAAGAAAGUAAAUGGAAGUCCUGUGAUCUGCAUCAGGCCAUGUUCUCCGCCCUGGUGGGCCAUAAGCCUGAGUUUGUACAUCUACUGCUGGAGAAUGGACUAUGCAUCAUGCAGUUCCUCAAACACGAAGAUACACUGUGUGACCUGUAUAAGCAUCUUCCCAGCUGUCUGUUUUUGCGCAAACUGGCCAAGCGAGCACAGGGAAGCAAGAGGGUUACCCUGAGCCAUGUGGCUGCUGAAGUGCGGCGCCUGCUGGGCAGCUUCACUCAACCGCUCUACCACCCAUUGCCACCCCUUCACAAAAUAGAGAUAUCCAGUGAUGACGAGGGAUUUAUAACCACACCCAAAAGCCAGGUUCCAGAGCUGACCUGCUCAGGGGAGGCGAGGGUCCCAGACACAGUGUGUGAUGCAGGCAGAGAUCUGUUCCUUUGGAGUGUGCUGCAGAAUCAGAAAGACUUGGCACAAAUCACUUGGGAACAGUGCAGUGAUUGUAUUGCCGCUGCUCUGGCUGCCAGUAAAAUACUGAAGAAGCUUGCUCGGGAAGGAGGAGAUAAUGGGGAAGAGGCUGGAUCGAUGAGAGAGCUUGCUGAUCACUAUGAGAAACAAGCCAUUGGUGUGUUCAGCGAGUGCUAUCGCUACGACGAGCAGCGAGCACAGAAACUGCUGACCCGUGUCUCUCCAUCAUGGGGUAGAACAACCAAUCUCUGUCUCGCUCUUGAGGCCCAUGACAAGAGCUUCAUAGCCCACUCAGGGGUCCAGGCUUUGCUAACUCAGAUCUGGUGUGGUGAGUUAGCAGUGGAAAACCCACAAUGGAAGCUGCUGCUGUGCAUGUUCUUCUUUCCUCUUAUCUACACUGGAUUUCUGGUCUAUAGGAGUGAUGAGGUCAUCCGCAGGGAAGCAGAGAGGACAGAAGAGGAGAAACUGGUUAUGGAUUCAGUGACUGGGACGUCUGUUAAUGACAGGAACAAACCUGACUUUCGUGACCAGUCUGACACAAGCUCUGUGCGUCCACUAAACUGCUGGAUGAGAUUAGUGGGUCUGUACACCUGUCCUCAGGUGAAGUUCUACUGGAACAUCCUGUUUUACUUUGGCUUCCUGUUUCUCUUUGCUCUGGUGUUGAUGACGGACUUCCAGCCUACGCCAUCUUGGAAGGAAUUGCUCCUGUAUGUCUGGCUCGCCUCACUCAUGUUUGAGGAGGUCAGACAGCUCUUCUAUGAUUUUGAUGGGUUUCCACUUUGGAAGAAAGUGAAUAUGUAUAUUAAAGACUCAUGGAAUAUUUUGGACAUGUUGUCGAUAUUGCUCUUCAUCACCGGCCUGGCUUGCAGGCUCCAGGCUUCAAGUACAGUGUUCUAUGUGGGGAAAGUCAUCCUCUGCAUCGACUUCAUCAUAUUCAGUUUGCGCCUGAUGGCUAUCUUCACCAUCAGCAAGACCUUAGGACCUAAGAUUAUCAUUGUCAGGAGAAUGAUGAUGGAUAUGUUCUUCUUCAUGUUCCUGCUCAGUAUCUGGGUGGUCGCCUAUGGAGUGGCCACACAGGGCAUCCUGAUAGAGAAUGAGAAUCGAAUUAACUGGCUUAUACGUGGUGCUGUCUAUGAGCCCUACCUCAUCAUAUUUGGGACCAUGCCUGACAGUGUGGACAACACCAAAUUUAACAUGAACAGUUGCAGUAUAAAUGGCACUGAUCCUCUAAAGCCCAAGUGUCCAGUGCUGAAUAGUGACAACAGCCCAGCCUUUCCUGAUUGGCUGACCAUCAUCAUGCUGUGUGUUUAUCUUCUAUUCGCCAACAUCCUGCUCCUCAACCUCCUCAUUGCUAUCUUCAACUACACAUUUGAGGAGGUGCAAGGCAAUACAGAUAUAAUCUGGAAGUUUCAACGUUAUGAGCUGAUAAAGGAGUACCACAGCCGCCCCUCUCUCCCUCCACCCUUCAUCCUCCUGAGCCACAUUUACCUCUUCAUCAGACGUGUGCUCCUGCGACAAGCCCCUAAGAAAUAUAAGAUCUUCAGACAGGAGCUGAAUCAGAGAGAAGAAGAGGAGCUGAUGUCAUGGGAAUCGUUCAUGAAGGAGAACUAUCUGGCAUCUGUAAAGCAGGACAAUAGCCAGAGUAUGGAGCAGCGCAUGGAAGACACUGCAGAAAAAGUUGGAACCAUAUCUGAAAUAAUAGAGCAAGGACAAGAAUGGGGUUUUGUGUCUAUGGCAAAAAGGCUGGGCCGGUUGGAGGAGCAGGUUUGUCAGUCAGCUAAAGCGCUACAGUGGAUCAUGGAGACACUUAAAUCUCAGGGUUACCAAUCCAAACAGGAUGCUCCUAUAAUGGCUAGUGUCGUUAUGAGCACUAACACUGACCCUUCAGAAUCAACUGAGCAGAAAACAGAAUGGGAGAAAACUCAUCACAUUUAUGCUCGCCAGCUUUAUUACCCUGGCAGCACUGUUAAACGCUUCCCUGUUCCUGAGGAGAAAGUGCCCUGGGAGGUGGACUUCUCUAUUUAUGUUCCUACAAUUUACAAUCAAGAGAAUGUGCAAGACUUGGACAUUUUAAUCUUAGACACACACAGGAACCCUAAAGGACGGACAGGAUUAAAGGGAAAAGGGGCGCUUAAAAGUCUUGGCCCAAACGAGAUUGUAGAUCCAGUUAUCACAAGAAAUAAGGGCUCACAACUGGAGUUUUUGGCUGUGUGGGAUGAGACAGCAGGGUGCUGGACAUUACCUGGGGGCCCUGUCCAGCCUGGCGAGCUCUUACCUGAGAGACUAGAAACAGUACUAGGAAAGAAUCUUUCCCAGAAAAUUAAAGCCAAAAUAAAAUCAGGAAGCCACACUGAGGUCUAUAAGGGUUAUGUAGAUGACAGUCGGAACACUGAUAAUGCCUGGGUGGAAAGCACUGUUAUAUCAGUUCACCUCAAAGAUGAGUGGCAUCUGAUGGCACGGGAUGGUGAUGAUGGUGAUGGUGAGUCUCUCAGCAGCACUGAGAAGCUUCAGUGGCAUGAGUUGAGCAGCAAAACGCCUGUGUAUCCAUACCAACGAGAAGCUCUCCGUACCAUUGCCCAAAAACACAACAUUAAGUUCUAAGGAAACUUAGAACUGACUCUCAGGGAAAUGGACAAAUGUUUCACUCUGCAAACUGUGUACCUUUUGUGGGAAUUCAGUAGUACAAAAAUCUGUAUCUAUACAGUUCUGUAACAAGGAGUUAUGCAACUGUUUGCACAUUUGCUAAUGAACUAAUCAUUCACUUGUUCAUCGUUAGUACAAUACCUGUUAACAAAAUAACAUCAAAGAAAGCUUAUUAAUAAUCAUAAUCAUCAUCACCGUCAUCAUUAUCAUCAUCAUCAUAAUCAAUGUGAAUAAACGAAAUCUAAAAUGUGCAGGUCAUAUACAGAGAGGAAUACAAUUACUUAAACUGCAUAAAAGCAUUAUAAUAAUCCAGUAUACUCAAUAAAGAAGAAUUAGUCUCUCAAAUAUUCUGUGAGAUUACAGAUAUUAUAGAGGUUAUAGCAUAAAAUUUUAGCAUUACUAGCAGGAUUUUUAAGCUGAGUUCACCGUUUUUGGCCUUUACGGACAAUGAGGCUAAAUAUCUGGUUUAUUCUUUCCUUUUUUGUUUCAUUUCCAAUAACAAGAAUCUGACUUUGUGUACAGACUUUCAUGACAUUCUCCAGCUAAGUGUCAUCUGUGCAUUAGCCAUAAGUAUCCAGUGCAGCGUCAUCUUCACAAUCGCAUAAGUAAGAUCUGAACUGUGACUUUGUUCUUCAGCUAAUCAGGUAGAAUCUUGUUCUCAUCUGGAGAGAACAGCGAUCUAAGAUAAACUGCACACCUGAGCCUUAAUGGACUUCAAACCAUCAUUUCAAUCCAUUUUAGUACGAUGAUAGGCUGGAAAACCUCUUUUACUUAGGCUGAGAUAAUCAUUUAACUAAAUUAUUUUUCGUAGAAUGGAAAGUUAGACAUUGAUGUACAUCGAGUACACACAGUGUAUGGAGGGGUUGCAUUUUCUUUUCCUAAUCAGAGGCUUUAUAGUAGCAGUUUCGAGAAUAAACUUGAUGCUAUUGAUUGUCAGUAUGGCAUUAUUUAGCAUGUUAGCAAUAAUGAACUAAAAAGUGAAUGGGUUUGACUGGCUGCUGCAUACAAAACCAAAAAUAUUUCUUUUUCUGUACUCAGUAUUAUUAGCAUGGUGUAAUCAGACAUGAAUGCACUAAUAAACAAUCUACAGACUAUCUACUGUAACUGAACUUAAUAAGCUCACUAUGAACAUCUGGAAGCCAAUUAGCAUGUGUGCGCAAAUAAAACAUUUUCA